GCAAGUCCGAAACGAUGCACUGUGUGUCACAUCACUAAACAUCUGAACUACAGAGAGAACCAGCUGCUCACACAGAAGUCGACUGAAAGUCAACCGAAAGUUCAGCUAUGCAGACUACAACAGUUGAGCAAAUUCUUGCCAACAUAUCGACAAGUGGCUACAGCAAUGGAAGUCACACCCAUAAGGAGCCCUACCUACAUAAACUCGCGCAUCUCGACGAAGCUCUCUACAAUGAUUACUACAGUCUGUGGCUCGCCCUGAUGAUAAUUAAUGUUCUCAUAUUUGUAGUUGGCAUUGUCCUCAACAGUGUGGCAUUAUAUGUUUUCUGCUUUCGUACCAAAACUAAAACAACAUCUGUCAUCUACACCAUCAACCUGGUGAUCACAGAUUUGAUGGUGGGUUUCUCCUUACCGACCAGGAUCAUAAUGUAUUGCAGUGGCGGCAAAUGCUUGACCUGCUCAUUUGUACACAUUUUCAGCUACUUUGUGAACAUGUACUGCAGCAUUCUCUUCCUAACCUGUAUCUGUGUAGACAGAUACCUUGCCAUCGUCCAGGUUGAAGCGUCACGCAAGUGGAGGAACCCCCACUACGCCAAAGGGAUUUGCGUCUUUAUUUGGCUCUUUGCCAUUAUUGUCACUUACUCUAUCCUUUCCACCGCAAUCAAGUACGCUGCAUGUUGUUUGUCUAAGCUCUUUGCUCUGACCGUAUUUGAGUAUUUUCUGCCUUUAAUGAUCAUCACGAUCUUCACCAUUAGGAUCAUGUGUGCCCUUGCCAAACCAAACUUAAUGCAGCAGAGUAGAGAAAGACGUAUGAGAGCCGUCCAACUUCUAAUCACUGUCCUAGUUAUUUUCAUGAUAUGCUUCACACCCUUUCAUGUUCGUCAGGUUGUGAUCUACAUCAAACCUGAUAUCCCGCUGCAUACCAGCCUAAUCGUAUACCACGUCACGGUGACCCUCAGUAGCCUCAACAGCUGUUUGGAUCCAAUUGUCUAUUGCUUUGUCACUAACAACUUCCAAUCCACUAUGAGGAACAUCUUUGUCAAAACUGACCCUGAACAAAUCAGUGGAGAAAUACUCAGCAUGCAGAAAAGCUCCAAGGUAACCACGGUAAAGUAAGCGUGUGCAAACAUGACAAGGAAUGACUGUGUACUGAACAGUGAACAAUAAACAGAACAUGAAGCAUCACUUCAGAUACGAAGAUGGGGACUUUAAUAUGUCAUGAGUUUUUUUUUAAACUUUGGGGCUUGUUUAAUUUUGUGCCUUGAUGUUCAUAAUACAUCAUUUUGUACAGUUGAGGUGAAAUUUACUCAUGGUCUUCUUUACUAGACAAUGAUGACAGACAUGCUUUUUUCAGUUUAGGUUACAUUCCAUUAGUUGUAAGACUAUAUGGCAUUGGCUGGCAAAGAAAAGAGAAACAAAGUCACAAUGUUUGUUUCAUUAUUUUAUAGUACAGGAGAAAAGUCGUUGGGCUUCGGCCAAAUGCGAUGGAAAAAUCUUUGUUCUCCUUGUAAAAACAGAUUUUUUCAGAGAUAAAUCAGCAGUAUUUAUAUACCUGUCUGUUCCAUUUUCCCAUUCUUAUUGCCUCAUUUCUCGUGAUGUGUUGAAUAUAUUUUGUAAAAUCUCCUAAUUUAUUAACCUCAUUGCAAUGUAGCCACUGGAGUUGUCAUUGAGUAGACAAGAUGAAGACUGACACAUUCAGACCUCCAUUUUCUGAGAAACCACUUCAUCCAGCCUGGUGCUUCUGAUGUGUACUAUAAUGAAAGGGCUAUAUUGCAUAUUGGGAAAGAACAAUAACUGCAUUUAAAUGACUCAGAAGUUGGCACAGGGUAGUUUUUUUUCUGGUGAGUGGUGGGACUUCAGAAUAUAUAAGUGGAUCUCUAUAUCCCUCAUGGAAAACAUAAAUGGUUAUUGUGGUUAUCGUGGCCUGAUUUUGAAUGUUUGAGGGUGGUUCAGUGGAGUGGUGAGCGAAAGACUGAGAAAGGAAUCAGUAUAUACUUCCAAACACUGUCACAAGUUUGUGCAUCAUAUUAGUUUUUAUUUGAGAUUACAACAAUUCCAGUACAAAAAAUUCUGCCCUGCUUUUAAAAUUAAACUUUUGGAACCUUUUGUUGGGUUUACUGGACACCAAAAAUCCACAAAGAUGUUCUCAAAUAUGGUUUAGAGAAAAAGCUCUUCAGGAGUUAUCAGUCUGAUCAAUCCUUCCUUCACUCAUGUUCCCAACAAAGCCAUUAAUAUUUCUCAUCUUCAUUGUAAUUUGAUCCAGAUGCAGGGAGAUCAGAUCAAAUGAUAUGCAAAUAGUGUAGACAUUUAUCACCAGAAAUUACAUCUGGUCAUAAUCAAUGAAUCUCUCUCCCUUCAGCACUAUAUCAUUGGAGUCCCCUAAUCUAUGUCAUGCCCCAUCUCUCAGCUACAUACUGAUUCUAUGUAAAAGUGAUAGAAAGGAUUUGAACUGGAAGCAGGGCCAAUUGGCAAUUGAACUUGUCUAGUCUAUUGCUGAUACCCAGAUCAGCAUGUCUUCCCUCGGCAUUGUUACUAUGUCUAUGCAGUUGGCCUGUGUAUCCCAGACUUCAUCUGGGUAGGCCAAAUAUUUUGCAAAUUAAUCUGAAAGAUUAAACAUUGUCUCUUGCUUCCACAGACCUUUUACCACUGCCACCAAUUCUCUCUCUCCCCACUCUCACAGAUAAGCAGAUAUUUGCUGUCCAAGAUAAGGAUCCAACCAUGUUAAGUACUUGUUCUGAACUUUCAAUAUUUAUCAUUACUUUUAUGAAUUCUAAUCUCAAAAAUGGUUCACCUAUCAUCAAGUUCAGGUUUAAUUGUCAUUCACCCAUACACAAAUACCCACGAAUACAGCCAAACGACACAGCAUUACUCUGGGGACAAGAUGCAAAACACAGUACCAACAGUCACACACAGCACAAGGCACAUAAGGUAACAAGUACAUAAAAUCACACCCAAAAAAAAUAGUCCAAGACCCUGAGACCAUGAAUGUUGCAGCAAUCUGCAAUCAAAUACAAUAUUACUUGUCUUCUGCCGAGCAAACACCAGGGCAGCACCAACUCCAGCUGGGACGCCACGCUACACUGACUCUGACACCUGGGUGGCUGUAAAUAGGCAACACCGCGGCUCAAGGCCUAGUCUUAGCUAUGACUAAGGCCACACAAUUCCUCUGCUGUCCGACAAUAAAUCAGUGAAUCAGACUUGCUGCAGUCCACAUUAACAAUGUCCAACAGGGUCUUGCAAUGAUAAGAAAAGUGACUGAGAUAAUCACUCGCCUCUCUGACCGAUGCCUCCCUGACACAAGCAGUAGCAUAAUCUGCACCAAGUCCAGCUCCUUCAGUUUCUCCGCCAAUGAAUAUCUCAGGUGGGGAAGACCUGCACUACUUUAUGUUCAUUAUGUCCAGCAGGGUCUUGCAAUUGUAAAAAAUAGGUUUAAUAAAGACAAUAACACCUUUGGUUGACCCCGUAGAAGCUGCAUCAAUUGAACACACCGCCAUCUUACAAGAAGUGUAUCAUUGUAAUGAGGCUAACUUAAGCAAAGCAAUAUAUUAACUGACUGAUGAGUUAAAAUAAUCACUAAUACAAGUCACAAAUAAGAAUAUUAAAACAGGAGUAGCCUGAUUCACUAUUCAGAUAGAUCAUUGCUGAUGUCUACCUCAACUCCAUAUAGCUGCCAUUGCUGGAUAAUCUUUUAUCCCCUUGCUCAAUACAAAUGAAACUUAGACCUAAAAGCUAUAAACACUUCUGAAACAUUUAGACCAUUUAUAGCUUUCAGCUUCUAAAGGUGCUGUGACAAAACAAUUUCUCUCAUGCUCCUAAUUCAAAGUUCAUUAUUUACUUGAUUUGCCCAUUAGAGGAAAUAUCAACUGGACUAAGUCCUUUACACAAUUUAAACACCUCAAUCAGAUAACUCCUUAAUCUCCACCAUCAAAGAGAAUGAAAACAAAUUAAUGUAAUCCAUCACAUUAUUUAAACCUUGUUACUUUAUCACUUUGGUGAAUCUGAGAUGUGCUUAAAUAGAGAAAGAUCUGCCUGGAUGAUGGGCAAACUCAGCUUUUCAUUUCCCUCAGUACAUGUGCAAAUAAUUUACUAUUUACCAUUUCUUGCUUCUUUACUUUAUUGUCGCCAAACAAUUGAUACUAGAGCGUACAAUCAUGACAGUGAUAUUUGAUUCUGCACUUCACGCUCCCUGGAUUACAAAUCAAUAGUAAAUAUUCAAAAUUUAAAUUAUAAAUCAUAAAUAGAAAAUAGAAAAGGGAAAGUAACGUAGUGCAAAAAAAAACCGAGAGGCAGGUCCGGAUAUUUGGAGGGUACGGCCCAGAUCCGGGUCAGGAUCCGUUCAGCAGUCUUAUCACAGUUGGAAAGAAGCUGUUCCCAAAUCUGGCCGUACGAGUCUUCAAGCUCCUGAGCCUUCUCCCCGAGGGAAGAAGACCAAUUAACAUUCAACAACAAGUCACUGCCAAUUGGCCCACCACUCUGGGGAUUAUCAUUCAACAAAACUUAACUCAACCAACAUAAAAACUCAGGCUACAAAAGUGAGUGAUAAAGGAAGUAUCCUGCAGGAAAUUGAUUCAACUUCUGGCUUCCUAGAGCCUUCCUAUCAUCCUAAUUCACAAAUCAAGAGUAUGACAAAAUACAUUCUUCUCAGGAAGUUUGGUACAGAACAUUCUACUUAUGAGGACCCUAUCUACCACCCCCAAACAUUGAUUCCUUUCUCCAUCAGCAAACCAUGGCUAUACUGCACCCUGCACAAAUCACCAAAAACUCCUCAUUCAGCACCUCCCAAAUCAACAAGUGCUAAUUGAUAGCAACACACACAAAAUGCUGGAGGAACUCUGCAGGUCAUGCAGCAUCCAUGGAAAUGAACGAACAGUUAACGUUUUGGGCCAGGACCCUUCUUCAGGGCUGGAAAGGGAAGGGGAAGGUACCAGAACAAAAAGAUGAGGGGAGGGGAAGAAGGAUAGCUAGAAGGUGAUAGGAGAAGCCAGGUGGGUGGGAAAGGUAAAGGGCUGGAGAUGAAAGAAUCUGAUAGGAGAGGAGAGUGGACCAUGGGGCAAAGGGAAGGAGUAGGGGCACCAGGGGAAGGUGAUAGGCAGGUGAGAAGAGGUAGGAGUCCAGGGUAGGGAAUAAAAAAGGAAGGGUAGGGAAAUUUAUUUUACUGGAAGGAGAAAUCGAUAUUCAUGCCAUCAGGUUGGAAGCUACCCGGAUAGAAUAUAAGGUGUUGUUCCUCCACCCUGAGGAAAUCCUCACCAUAGCAGAAGAGAAGGCCAUGGACUGACAUGUUGGAAUGGGAAUGGGGAUUGUAAUUAAAAUGUUGGGUCACCAGGAAGUUCCACUUUUGGCAGAUGGAGCGGAGUGCUAAUUGAUGAAAGUAAAGGGCAACAGAAAUGCCACCAUAUGCAGUUUCCCUCGAAGAAACAUAUGAUGCUUGAAAUAUAUUAUUCCUCUUUCAAUGUUGCUUGUUCUAAAUCCUGCAGCUCCCCACCCAACAGCAUUGUAGGAGUACCUUCACUAAAAGGACUGCAGAAGUUCAAAAAUAUCACUGACUAUCACCUUCCUGAGGACAAUAGGGUUGGGUAAUAAACGUCAGUCUUUAUCCUUAACACAGUAACAAAAAUUAAAAGAUGCUGAUGAGCUGACUGGGAUGAAAUCUCAGGUUGAAACAUGUUUAAGACUGUUUUAUGCAUUUUGGUAAAGGAAAGAUUGCCAGAUCUGGGAACAGUUAUUUAGAGACAUGUUAAGUAGCUCCAUGAAAACUAACAGAACAAUGAAAGACUUUGUUUUAUGUCCAUGUGUCCAAAUAGACAGCUUGUUAAUAUCAUCACAUUUUAUGACACUAUUACACUAUUAAUAUUCUGCCCCAAGAUGUUCUCAGUAAUGAAUGGAUCAAAGUCCAUUUAGAAAUUAGAGUAAAUGAAACUAGUGAUAAAAUAAUAAUAAUUACUGAUGACUUCAUAGGGUAUAAUUUUGCUUGGACCUCAAGUUCCUUGGAUAACUGUUAAAAUGGCAAUUUACAACACACUCCUCAUCAUCUUUAAACUUUGGACUUUUUAUUAGCCUAAAAGACAAGAGGUUCCCUAAAAUUUCAAUUGCCUAAGAUUGAAGGCACCAAUAUUAUUACCAGUUUAAUUUCUUCAAACCAUUAUCUGGUCUUCUUGGAAUGAGAAGGAGAUUUUACAAUCAGCAAUCUCACAAUAUGACAAUGUGAGGUUAAUGUGUUCCAAGAAGCUUGCGGCAUCUGAAGUCAGGAGAAGCAAAUGCCAGCCUGUUUUAACCAUCAUGCCGCUCAUAUCUGUGGAGAAUAGCAAGUACUACAUUCAAAUACUAUAGUGUAAGUAAUUGGAAUGAAGGCAAAUCCCAAAACUCUGAAACAACAAGCCCUAUGAAGUCAGAUAGCAUUAGUAAAGAAAAGACAUCUUAACAUCAUCCCAAAAUUUAGACAAAGCAAGUUGGACAUAGAAUAUAUUGUGAAAAAUUUUACUUGUUUUUAAUACAUAAGACAAUGUGUAAUAAAUUUGUGUUUAUAAGAAUUGCAUUUGUUGAAUUUUGUACAUUGUAGAAUACGCGCAUGACCCUUUAAAAUGCUAGGAAACAAAGGCAAUUACUCAUUUUUGAAUUGGUAAGAAAAUGUCUAAACUUCCAAGUACUUGAAAUAUUUAAGUUUGUAAAAUAUCAGUUAAGAUGCUGUUUCAGGUAUAGCGAGAAUAUAUUCAAUUUAAACCACUGUAGGUGCUCUGCAAUUUACCUGUGCAGCUUUCUGUACAAAUCAAGUAUUGAUCCCCUAUUGUACUUGUUCGAGUGUGUGACAUAUAAAGGAUGGUGCUCAUACCAUUACUAAAUUCAGCAAGCUUUCUUAAUGUGAUGUCCAGGCCAGAACACUCUUUCAAUGAACACCACCAAUGCACAUGUAACAAAUUUUAUUCUGUAAGAGGAUUAUGUAAACAUUUUAUUUAAGUAACUGUCUGAAUUUCUCACAUUAUGAUUCUGAUGUAGUGCUUGAUGGCAGAACUCCAUACACACUUCACAAGUACUUCAUUUCAUACUCCAAAAGGAAACAGCCAUUGAUGUAAAAUAUGUCAUAUAUUUUGAGAAGAUGCUAUGCUAUUGCUAUAAUGUGUACACAUGCUAA